GUCCCUCACUUUAUGGAUGAAAACAGCGACCGUAGUCUUCAUGUAUUAAAUUAACUAGAAGGUUAGCAUUCGUUUUUAUGGUGCUAAACCUUUCUAUUCAGAUAGAAGGGAGAAAACUCCAAAGAAAAGUGCAAGGAUCGUAACUAUGCUGCAGAAAGCAGUUGUUCAGUGAGAGACUGUGACCACUACAAGCAUGGAUCCGGACUGGCAUACGCAAAUCUUAAAGUCAACAUUACAGGAGAAUGAAGUUCAUUUGCAGCAGAUAAAGGCUGAUGAAGUUGAGCUGUGCCAGACCCUGAGACUACAGGUAGAAGAUCUCCAGAAGAGGCUUGAGGAGAAGGACAACAAACUCACUCAGGCAAACAAGGUGAUCAGAGCACUGAGGGAUGAGGUGCAGACACUGCAGCAACAGCUGGAGCAGCAUAGACGGAAGUACCAUGAUGAUGUAUUUGGACAGAGAGGACGGCUGUGUCAGUGUGGAAGAGGAAAUGACAUCACUACAUUGACAACAGCUGUCCUGUCAGACUGUCGCCCCAGUGAGCCAGAGCCUGAUUCCUCAGAUGCAGGAACAUCACAGGAGGACCAGGAUGUUACAUCACAGGAACACAGGAUCACACUGCUCCGCCCUUCUCUGGAAACUAACAUUGGUUCUGAGGUAUGCGAGAUGCCACCAAACAUCUUCCUGUACUGCACCUCGGAGGACGACCCAGCAAACAUUUCAAAUCCUCCUGAUGACGUCAUGCUGACAUCAGCACAGGAACUGGAGGAAGACCCGGCAGAUGAUGUUCCAUUGUCUCCAGGUGAUGGUACACUGACAUCACCACGGCAACUUAAGAAUAACCCAGCAGAUGAUGUUCCACUGUCUCCUGGUGAUGGUACACGAACAUCACCAAAGGACCUGAAAUUGCGUGUGCUGUCAGUGAAGCUACAAGACUGCCGUGACAUGCUGGGGCCUGACGGAGUUUUUAAGAUGCGAACUGAAGAGGAAAUCAGAGAUGAUGACGAUGACCAAUGUUAUCAAGAUGAUGAUGGCGAUGACGUGGAUAACAGCCCAGAAAAUGAAGGAUUCAACAUCUGCUCAAAGGACGGAGAACUGUUGUCUGCAGCCGAGGAGAGCAUCGAGGAGCCCAAGGGGCAGCAGAAGAGGAAGAAGAGAGGAAGGAACAGGGUCAAGGCUAAAACUACUAACGCCAAACAUCACACAUGUACAGAAUGUGGUCAGACAUUUUCAUAUCUUAGCUGGCUAGCUCAACACCUAAGAAGAAAGCACGCCAGAAGAAAGCCCUCCACUGCCACUCCACUUGGAAACGUUUCGACUAACUCUCCACAUGAAUAUACACCCAAUGACUCUGCACAUGAAAAUGCACGAGGUGUCGUCCAGGAAGAUUAUCACCCGGAGACAAAUGGAACAACUAUAAAAGUAAAAAAGAUGCAAACCGAAGAAGACUUCAGCGAUGAGGGUGAUGAUGAUGAUGAUGAUGAUGAUGAUGAUGAUAAUGAUGACGACGACAGUGAUUAUGACCCAGAAACCGGAAUGCCAACGAAAGGAAAAAAGAUGCAAACCAAAGAGGGCGACGACGACGAUGAGCAACGUGAUCAUUAUGAUGAUGAUGAUGACAGUGAUUACGACCCAGAAACCGAUGAAAUGCCUACGAAAGUAAUUAAGUCCACUGAACGUGAUUUGUGUGGGAAAACUCUUCCAACUCCACAAACUCCUGUCAGUCAGAAAAGAGUCCACACAGAUGUACCUGAACAAGGAACUGAAAGAAAACAUCCUCCUUGGUAUUGGGAAUGUGAUGUGUGUGGGAAAAUACUUUGCAAUAAGCAGAGUCUUAAAAUUCAUAAACGACUUCACACUGGUGAAAGGCCGUAUACCUGCAAACACUGCGGGGAGACUUUCAGACAUUACAGUGCUUUUAUCAAUCACCGCGCGCAUUCAAAUGAGACACAUGGUCCACCCAAAACUGGAGAACCACCUGAACAGGGGAAUGACAGAAAAAAUCCUACUUGGGAAUGUGAUGUAUGUGGUGAAAUACUUUGCGGUAAGCAAAGUCUUAUUGCUCACAACCGACUGCAUUUUGGUGGUGAAAAGCCUUAUGCCUGCAAACAUUGCGACAAAGCUUUCAGAUAUCACGGUAAUUUUAUCAAACACCAGAGAGCCCAUCCAAAUGAGACAUAUGAUCUGCCCAAAAUAAAAGGUCCUCCUUGGGAAUGUGAUUUAUGUGGGAAAAUACUUUGCAGUAAGCAAAGUCUUAUUGAUCACAAACGAGUACAUGCAGAUGAGAAGCCUUUUGUCUGUGAAGACUGUGGUAAAACUUUCAGUAAUUACAGUAAUUUCAGACAACACCAGAACACUCAUUCAGACAAAACUUGGGAAUGUGAUGUAUGUGGGAAAAUAGUUCGUCAUAAGCGAAGUCUUAUUUAUCACAAAAGACAGCACACUGGUGAAAAGCCUUAUGCUUGCAAACACUGUGGUGAAACUUUCAGUCAGCACAGAAAUUUCGCCCAACACCGGAGAACUCAUUCAAAUGAGACACAUGGACUGUCUACAAUGGGACAAACCAGCUGAACAGGGGACUGAAAGAAAAUGUCCUCCUUGGGUAUGUGUUGUAUGUGGAAAAACGUUUACCCGAAAGGCAAGUCUCAUCAGGCAUGAACAACUGCACACAGGUGAAAAGCCACAUUCCUCCACUGACUCUUCACGUGAAAACGGAUCCACUGACUCUACAUGUGACGUCAAAUCCAAAUCCACUGCUGCACCUCAUGAAAACACCUCCACCAUCUCUCCACAUGAAAACACCUCCACCAUCUCUCCACCUGAAAACACCUCCACCAUCUCUCCACAUUGAAACCACACCCAGUGAGUCUCCUCAUGAAAACCCAAAAGGUCUCGUCCAGGAAGAUUAUCACCUAGACAACAAUGGAACGACUGUAAAAGGAACAAAUAUCCAAACUGAGGAGAAAAGCCCUACCAGUGCACCAUAUGUGAGGAGAGACUCCCCUAUCCACAAGCUCUGCAGACGCACCAGCAAAAAAGUUCACAACAUUGAGUUCGACAAUGUGGGCAGAGUUUUAAAUUGUCUCAGGGUUUCAAAUCACAUGACUGUUCAUAUGGUUUGAAUAGCACCCCAGUAAAUGGGGAGGUGGAUGAAGCAUCUAAAAACCAGCAGUGGAGAUGAACAUUGUCAUGAAGAUGGUACCAUAUUUUGAUUUGAUAUGAUCCUAAUGUCGUUCUCUUUUCUUGUUGCA